AUGUCGUCCACAAACCCACCAAACGAUAUCGGACUGCGCGUCGAGCUCAUAGACCAACCCGGCGAUUUUUAUCAGGCUUUUGAUUGCGUGCGUGAGGCCUUUGGUCGUCAGGCGCAGGAUGGUGUCUGGAUCGCAAUGAACCCAGGAUGGGACACGCCAUCUGGAAAGACAGCCGGGGCAACUCGGAUGGCCUCGAGCUGGCGGGACACGACUACCAAUAAGGCAGGAAAGCCCAAUGUGAUGUAUCUGAAAGCCACGCUCCCGAACCCGAAGCCAGAAGGGGAGCGAAUCAUUGCCGGCAUCGCCAUCUGGGCACAAGCGUCUUGCAUCGAGGGCCAUGGAGAUCCACCGGCACAAAACGUGCGAGAAGCCAUGAAGCUGGAAUCCCUCUACCCUGGAAACGAGCGCGAGCAGCGCUAUGUCACACAGGUCAUGACCUCUUUACACCGACCACGUACUCAAGUCAUCAAGGACAAAGCGGCUGCGACACCACCUGCAGUGAUGGUUCUGGAUCUUUGUGCCGUUCAUCCGGCUCAUCAGCGGAAGGGAAUCGCAAGAGCGCUGGUGCAGUGGGGGUUAGACGAAGCCAAGCGACGAGGUGGCCUGGAGGCCAUCCUCGAGGGGUCUAGCAUGGGUCGUCAUGUGUAUAGGAAGAUGGGAUUCCAAGCGGUGGAGCCAGAAAUUGAGUAUUCGGUCGAUGACGAGUUUGCGUCUCGCACUAGACCAUCUAAUCUCUUCAUGCGGACGCAUGGUAGUCCUGGGAAAGCUGGACGAUAG